UUCCUCUGCUGUGGCGGAAGUAACUCGUAUUGCUGAGGCCUCAUCCUUCCAAUGGCGACUGAAAACAGGCUGAUUAGAGCGGGAGCAACUGUGGAGGGGGUCAGAGCAGUGUAACCGAAAUUAAAUAAAUAUAUCAUAGUCUCACUAGUCAUAAAGUUAGUUUAAAAUUGUAGACCCACCAAAUCACGGCCGAUUCAAUGGCCAAAAGUCGGAAUAUUUCGCUCCUUGAAUCAGAGCUAUAUUACCUGAUUUCACGUUUUCUAACAACGGGCCCAUGUCAGAGCGCGGCUGAGGUUCUAGCGAGCGAACUAGAAGAAUAUCAGCUUUUGCCUUGCAGAUUAGACUGGCAAGGAAAUGAACAUCCAAGAUCUUACGAAGAUUUGGUUGCAGCCAACGGACACAUUGCACCUGACCAUUUGCUGCAGAUCUGUAAGAAGAUUGGGCCGAUUCUGGACAAAGAAGUGCCAUGUGUUCCAGGCGUACAUUCCCUACUGGGAACUGGGAUGCAGUCCUUACUCAGAACUUCAAAAGGUUACGGCAAUGUUCGGAGGAAAGGCUCAUCAUUUGCUGCCCUGCACAGAGGGAGACCACCAGAGAUGCCUUUGACCUGCAAGGAUCCUCCAAAUCUAGUGGAGGUGUACAGAGGAAGGGAGCUAACAGGUACUCAACGGUUCAGCACUGUGAACCCUGUGAGCAACUAUCAGCACAUGCGGAUGCACAGGAGGAUUCUGGGUCAUCUGUCUGCAGUCUACUGCAUUGCUUUUGAUCGGACCGGUCUCAGGAUUUUCACCGGCUCGGAUGACUGCUUGGUGAAGAUAUGGUCUUCGUUUGACGGGAGGCUUCACUCCACCCUGCGAGGACAUUCUGCUGAGAUCUCAGACCUGGCUGUCAGCUUUGAGAAUACCUUGAUGGCAGCUGGCAGCUGUGACAAAACCAUCCGAGUGUGGUGCCUUCGUACCUGUGCCCCUAUGGCUGUCCUACAGGGGCACAGUGGAUCCAUUACCUCCCUACAGUUCUCACCGUUUGCCAAGGGCUCAAAGAGAUACCUGGUGUCCACUGGAACUGAUGCAACAAUCUGCUUUUGGCAGUGGGAUGUCAAUAACAUAAAUUUCAGUGAUCGCCCGCAGAAGUUUACAGAGCGACCCAGGCCGGGAGUUCAGAUGGUGUGCUCAUCAUUCAGUCCAGGUGGUAUGUUCUUAGCGACGGGAAGUACUGACGAUGUCAUCAGAAUAUAUUACCUGGGAGGUGGGAACCCUGAAAAAAUAUCGGAGCUUCAUGAACACACGGAUAAGGUCGACAGCAUCCAAUUUUGCCACUCAGGAGAAAGGUUUGCGAGUGGCAGUCGAGAUGGCACAGCACGCAUCUGGAGGCUGACUCAGCGUCAGCAGUGGAGGAGCCUUCUUCUCAACAUGAAUGCCACUCUACCAGGCUCAGAACACGCGUCCUGUGAGGAAAGCUUUUUCAAGCCCAAGGUCACCAUGGUAGCGUGGGAUCGCCAUGACAACUCAGUAAUCACAGCGGUCAACAACCAUAUCCUCAAAGUGUGGAACUCCUAUACAGGCCAGCUGCUACAUAUCCUUAAAGGCCAUGAGGCUGAGGUGUUUGUCCUGGAGCCCCACCCCUCAGAUCCCAGGAUCAUGCUGUCUGCUGGCCACGACGGAAACGUCUUCAUCUGGGACAUCGUCCGAGGCACAAAGACACAGCACUACUUCAACAUGAUUGAGGGCCAGGGUCAUGGUGCUGUCUUUGACUGCAAAUUCACUCCCGACGGCCAGCGCUUUGCCUGCACAGACUCCCACGGUCAUCUGGUCAUUUUCGGCUUUGGGAGCUCCAAGCCAUACGAGAAGCUUCCAGAUCAGGUGUUUUUCCACACCGACUAUCGGCCACUGAUCCGGGACGCCAACGGUUUUGUUUUGGAUGAGCAGACCCAGCAGGCACCCCACCUCAUGCCCCCUCCCUUCCUGGUGGAUGUGGAUGGGAACCCCCACCCCCCUAGAUACCAGCGGCUGGUCCCUGGGAGGGAGAACAUUGCAGACAAACACCUGGUGCCUCAGCUGGGAUAUGUUGCCACAAGUGAUGGUGAGGUGAUGGAGCAGGUGAUCAGUCAGCUGACCACAGACCACGAGGAGGCAACGUCCAGACGCAGCAUUCUGGACGACACCAUCAGGCAGCUGCAGGAGCAGCAGGACAGGCAGAGCAGACCAGGAACACUGGCCCCAGCCCCCAGCACCCCACGCAGAGCAUCUGUGAAUGAGCGAGGUGCAGCUGAGGUGCAGUCGUCCCCUAACGUGGGUCUGCGGCGCAGUGGGCAGGUGGAGGGGGUGAGACAGAUGCACCAGAAUGCCCCUCGCAGCCAGAUGGCUACAGAGAGGGACCUGCAGGCCUGGAGACGCAGGGUGGUGGUACCUGAGCUCUCAUCCAGCAGUUACAGUUACCAGGAUGACUUCCGAAUUACAAAAGGAGAGGAGGAGAUUGCCUUAUACAAUGCAAAGAAACGACGUGUGACAUACGGCAGUUGUAGAGAUGAUUCUGAAGAUGAACUGCCUUCCAUCAAACGAGCACAGUCCCGCAAAAAGCAAAAAGUCUUCCAGCAGAGCAGAGAUGGCAUUGUGGAGGAAUUAAUCGAGUUCUCCUGUGAGGAGGGAGAGGGGACCACAACAUCAGAGGACCAUGCGAUGGAGGGCAGUGAACUGGAUUCAUCCAAUGAGGAAGAGGAAUGGAAAAGUGACAGUUCAAGCCACUCGUCCAGUGAGUACUCUGACUGGACUGCAGAUGCUGGGAUUAACCUGCAGCCCUCCACUCCUGUGUCAUCACGGAAACGAGUUCGCCGCCAGCUUAGCAGCUCGGAGGAGGAAGAGAUCGAGGAGGAAGAGAAGCAGCAAAGUGAGGAUGAGGAACGACCACCUCAGACUAGCAAGCAGAAAUCCAAGAAGCCCAAGCGGCCUAAAGCCAGGCCGUCGAUCAACAGAGAAGUCUCCAACGAGUUCAGACCCUCAACGUGGAUCACUGAUGUCAUUCCCAGGAAGUCUCCCUUCGUUCCCCAGAUGGGUGAUGAGGUAAUCUAUUUCCGCCAGGGUCACGAGGCGUAUGUGGAGGCAGUGAACAGGAACAGCCUGUACCCCAUUAACAUGGAGAAACAGCCCUGGAGGAAGAUGGAGCUGAGGGACCAAGAAUUUGUUAAAAUAACUGGGAUCAAGUAUGAAGUGUGCCCUCCGACACUCUGCCGCCUGAAACUGACGCUCAUUGACCACGGCACGCGCAAAAUCACAGACAAAUCAUUUUAUGUCAAGUAUCAUGACAUGCCAGAUGUGAUUGACUUCCUCGUGCUUCGGCAGAGUUAUGACGAAGCACGCAGUAGAGUCUGGCAGCCAAAUGACAGAUUCCGGUCCGUAAUAGAUGAUGCCUGGUGGUUUGGGAUUAUUGUUUGUCAGGAGCCAUAUCAGCCUGAAUAUCCAGACAGUCAUUUCCAGUGCUUCAAAGUCCGAUGGGACAAUGGCGAAACGGAGAAGCUAAGUCCUUGGGAUGUGGAAGCUAUUCCAGAGGAUGCCCAGCAACCUGAGUGUAUAGGUGGAGGGGUUCCAGUGACAGCAGAGGAGAUGAGAGAGGUCAUGUAUAAACCCCAGACAGGAGAAUGGGGUGAGAGGAGCAGAGAUGACGAGUGUGAACGCAUCAUAGCAGGCAUUGACCAACUCAUCACUGUCGAUAUUGUAGCCCCAUUCUCUGGCCCGGUGGACAUAGUUCAAUACCCAACUUACUGCACGGUGAUAGCCUUCCCCACAGACCUGAGCACCAUCAGACUGAGACUGUUGAGUAGGUUCUACAGGCGACUGUCCGCUGUAGUUUGGGAUGCCAGAUACAUUGUGCACAAUGCCCGGACCUUCAAUGAGCCAAGGAGCAAGAUAGCCCAUUCAGCAAAACGUAUCACAGAUGUCCUGCUAAAGUUUAUCAAUCGACCUAGCUGUACAGAUAUCAUGGAGAUCUACAAUGCAAUUGAAGACAUGGACUACACGGAUGAUGAGGACCUGGAAGAGACACCAGGCACCUCUUCUGGACACAGACUGUGCCAGCGCUUUUCGGAGACGGUACCUGACCCAGACUCCUGGAAGGGGCAGUGCAAACGCCUGAUGAACUAUGUCUUUGAGUGUGAGGACUCUGAGCCCUUCAGAAAGCCUGUGGAUCCUACCUCCUACCCAGACUACCUUAGCAUCAUUGACACUCCCAUGGACUUUGAAAUGGUGAAGGGGACGCUUGAGGAGGACCGCUAUGAAAAUCCCAUGGAGCUCUGCAAAGACACACUUCUGAUAUUUGCCAAUGCUAAAGCAUUCACGCCAAACAAACGCUCAAAGAUCUACAGUAUGACUUUGCGGCUCUCUGCAUUCUUCGAAGAGCGAAUCAGAACAAUCAUAUCGCAAUACAAAACUGCCGUCAAGAGCAGCGAGAAGCUCCGCCGCAGCCAGAGGUUCCGAAAGAAGCUUCAGCACCACGAGUCUGCUGCACCCAGCACUGACACCACAAGUCAAAAGAGGACCGCUCUAAAAACUCAGGAAAAGGUGGAAGCGGCGUCGACGACCAAAUCUACCUCAGCCAAAGUGUCUGCUCCUGAGAGAACCAGGAGAAGGAACCAAAGCAGUGACAGCUCAGGCCACAGCUCUUCUGAAGCUUCCUCAAGGUCAGACUCUGAGAUUUACAGUGAGUUAUAUAUGAGUGACUCUGAAGAAGAGAAACGCCCUAGGUCCUCACAGCACCAUCACAGCACAAAGACCAGGGGAACCAGAAGAGUCACCAGGAACAAUGGGGCAAAGAAGAAAAUUGCUGAGAGCGAGAGUGAGUCCUCCAAUGAGCGGGAGGAGAGUGAGGACGGUGAGAAGUUGUCCAACUCAAUGUCUCACCGAUUCCCCAGCAGGUCCAGCACCAGGCUAACCAGGAACAAUGCUGUUACCCAUAGGAAGCAUACCAAACGGCCAGAGAGGGGUUCCCAGAUGAACGGUCAUAGCAGAACAUUUGGGCGAGAGAGGCGACGAGGGAACGACUCUGAGAGAUCACCAUCCCAGGGUACAGACACUUACCGGGAUGAGGAGGAGAAUGUGGGCCGCAGGACAUUGAAAAGGAAGACUGCCAGGGCAGCCGUUAACAAGAUGAAGCUUCUGGAAGCCUCUGAGGAAGACGAUGGUUCAGCCUCUGAGGAAGACGAUGGUUCAGCCUCUGAGGACGACGAUGGGUCAGCCUCUGAGGAUGAGGACAAACAUAGGCGGAAAAGGAGCCGCCAUGCGACCCGAGUCAGCAAACGCACUGCCGUGAUCCAGAGCAGCUCUGAAUCCGAGGAUCAGUCAUCAGCCUCUGGAUCCGAGGAUCCGUCAUCAGCACAGAGUUCUAAAAAAGGCAAGGAUUCAUCGGGUGAUUGGGAGAUCAAUGAGGACAGUAUUGAGAGUGAAGCUUCAUCCUCUCGUUGCCAUCAGAAUGGAGAGAGUAAGAACUCCAGCAGCCGCAGGACGACCAGACAAGCUGCAGUGACGGGGGGUAAGGAUGAUUUGUCUCAUGUAAAUGGCUACAGCACAAAACAUCAACUGGCUGAUAGUAACUCUGAGAAAGAGGAUGAGGAGAGCUCUGAUGGUGAAGAAGGGGAGGAGGAAGAAACUAUUGUGUCUCAGAAGUCCUCCAGAAGCACCGCAACUGCUGCAGUGAGCAAAAGUAGAACUUGCAUUACCAGUUAUGUGGCAGAAGAGAAGUCUGGCUCCAGAAAGAGACAACACACAACACGAGACCACAAUGCUCAAAAGCACCCUCACAAAAACGGGAGGAGGGUGGAGAAAGAACAUCCUAAAGACUCUGAGAAAAAUUGUAAAUUACCAUCAAAAAGCCAAGAGCAAACAUCUGCCUCAACCCACAAACAGGAUGGCCCUGAAUCAGAGGAAUUCAGUGACACUCCAAAGAGCUCAAGCUCUCGCAAGAAAAUACUGAAAUCUGAAGAGGAAAAUGGGGAGGAAGACGAAGCAGACAGCAACCAUUCAUACGAUGAAUCUGAGGGAGAAUCCAAUAAAAAAACUCCAUUGCGAAACAAAAGGCAGAGUCGCGAGGAGGAAGUUGUACCCAACAGGAGAGCAAGGAGGAAACUGCAUGCUUCCUCAGAGGAAGAAUCUGAUGGGAAGGAGAAGCAUAGCCCUAGCAUGCGGCCUUGCCUUCGAGCCCAACCAAAAAAGAAAUAUAUCAAUGAAGACUCUGAGGAGGACUUGAACUCUGAGAUGCAAGGCAGUUGUAAGAAUGGGAAGAGCAAAACUGUUUCACAUAAAGGAUAUCAACGCAACCGAAGGAAAGCCUCCCCAGCUGCUACAAAACGACAGUCCUCUUCCAAGAGAAAACUAAUUUACACCUCAGACUCCUCAGAGAACCCUGAUGAAAAGAAACAGUGCAUGCGCAAGGCUAAAGCUAAGAGCUACUGUGAUAAGGACGAGAGGGAGGCAAAAAGAUCCAACUCAAAGCAUCCCAAGAAGGCAUCUCGAUCCAAGUCAAAACCCGAGGACUGUAAUAGUCAGGAAGAUGCCUCUUCCCAAGGGUCAGAGGAUGAGGAGGUUGAGUGUCCGAGAUGGAAGAGACGUUUGGAGCGACUGAAACGCAAGCGAAAAGUAAGCUGCAGCAGCAGUGCCCACAGUUCUGCCUCUAAAAGCGAAGAGGAGGAAGAGUCCUCUGCCUCUGAGAAGUCCUCUGCUAGCUCAGGUUCCCAGAACAGUACAAAGAGAAAAAGCCACAAGAGGUCAAGGGUCAGCGAAAAGGGUGCCGUCCGCCACUCUCGACAACGCAGGAGGGAUGCAUCUGAGGCAGACACCAACCAGUCGUACAAGGAACCCCAGAGUGGAACAAGUAUCAAGACCCGAAACCGUGGCAAACGGACGGUGACAUAUCACGACAGCGAAUGAAGGACUUGGCGCAGCAGGCUUAGCCAGAGCGAGACUAACUGGAGACCUUGAAGACACUUGAAGGUAGUAGCACUGGAGCCCUUUCAAAAUGAAAUGCUGUGAGUCUGUUUCAUUCAGGGAUAUUUAUAUUUUCUAUGAAAAAAUAAUAAUAAAUGGAGAAAAAAAAAGGUUAAAAAAAUGUAUGAAUGCAAGCAUUUGAACAGCUGGUUUUCACGUGUGUGUGUGUAUAGAGCAAACCACCUCCCAUUCUGCUUUUGUGAUUUGGCCAGCUAAAUAACCGUUCGGGGGAGCAUUGUCAGCUUGGGUGCUAUCUUAAUAUACCUCUGUUUAAUCAAGCAUAUUUUGCUGGUUUGCACUAAAACACUGUAAAGAGGUAUUUCAUACACUAGUUUUGCAUUAGGAACUCAGGGGUCAACUAAGUUUACCGUAGUCUCAGAAAUGCAGUCUUGGGAGUUAGAGGUUAGAGUAGGUAGCGAUAAACAUUUCCAGGAUGGUGGAUUCAGUCCAAGCACACUCGCUGAGACAACUAAUCUUCUUCGCCCUCCUUUUGACUUCAACACUCCUUUUGUAAAUCCACACAAAUUAUCAUUUAAUGUAUUGUGUGGUGACUUGUUGAUAUGAGCCAAAAUGUACAAAUUUGAAUUCCUAGUUUUACUCCGUUUUGUCUUCAUUUUUUCAUUGUUUAUUUUGCAAUAUUUCGUUGUGUAUUCUAGUCAUUGAUUGGAUUGAGGUGUAAAUAUGAGAUUGAGUGAUGUGGUUUGGGGAUCACUCUGUAGCAAACCAUUGCUUAUUUAAAUUUGAGUAUUCAUUUUCCUUUUGUAUGACAUUACAAUGCAUUGUCUUGCCACAUGUCACAAAUUGGUACCCUUUUGCCAAGUACAGGAAACCAAAAAGUACUUAUUGCAAAAUACUGUGAUUUCUCAUAUUGGGAAGACAUUCUAGUGUUGUUCUGUAUUAUGUACGCUCAGUAUUAAAUUCCUUUUCUGAGAUUUUUGCCAGUCGUGUGUGUGUGUGUGGGGGGGGGUCUUGAACUGCAAUUGCAUUGACAUUUUUGCUUAAUGUUUUUCAUACUUUGAUACAAACAGAUUUCACAGGGAAAAGUUCCUGGUACUCAGUAUGGUUGUGGAGUGCAGGAGGGCUGUUUUUUUUUCUUUCUGGUUAAUAAAGACAUCAAUUCAAGGCUUAA